GUCGUCACCAAGCUGAAGGGGGCGGCGGUCGCCGAGGUGGGGGGCGCGGGCCGGCGGCUGUGGGACGCGGCGGACUACGCCCGGCCCCCCCAGGGAGAAAAUGUGCUUUUUCUGGUGACCAAUUUCAUCGCUACAGCAAAGCAAGCCCAGGGCACCUGUCCUGAGAGCCCCUCUGUUCUCGAUGCGAUGUGCACUGAAGAUGCGGACUGUCCCAUGGGAAACCCAGUGGUUCAUGGCAACGGGAUAAAAACUGGGAAAUGUGUGAUGUUCAACAGCACCCAUUCCACCUGUGAGAUCUACGGCUGGUGUCCUGUGGAGAACAACACCCUGCCCGGGAAACCUCUUCUGGCUGAGGCAGAGAAUUUCACUCUUUUUAUAAAAAAUACUGUCCACUUCACCAAAUUUAACUUCUCCAAGUGCAAUACUUUGCAAACCAAUGACCCUACCUAUUUCAAGAGCUGUACGUACGAUCCAUUCUUCAACCCUUCCUGCCCUGUCUUCCAUGUCCAUGACAUGGUGGAGGCAGCUGGAGAGACCUUUGGAGACCUUGCACUGCUGGGGGGGAGCAUUGGAGUUCGCAUCGAGUGGGACUGUGACCUGGAUCACCCUGCUACCCAGUGCCAGCCACAGUACUCCUUCAGCCUGCAGGACAGGAGGUACAAUUUUAGAACUGCCUCCUACUACUGGGACUCGCAGCGGCGGCUCUUCCGGAAUCUGCUGAAGCUCUACGGCAUCCGCUUUGACAUCUCUGUGCAUGGCCAGGCCAGGAAGUUCGGGAUAAUUCCUGCUGCUGUGAGCCUCGGCACCGGCAUCGCAUUCUUUGGUGCCACCACGGUGGUCUGUGACCUGGUCCUGCUCUACCUGGAUGCAAAGGCUGACUUUUAUUGGAAGGAGAAGUUCGAGGAGGCAAAACCCCCUAAAGGUAAGACCGAGGCCACAGCUUAGGGCUGCGGGGAAUGCUUCGCCCUGAGCACCCUUCCCUGCGGAGCAGCCUCCAGGUAGAUGCAGUGGGGGCACAGCCAGAGCCCAGGUGGAGGUGGCCCAGUUCUCCUGGCCUGUGUGCACUGCUGGGGUUGGGAUCUGCCUUUCCUGGAGAAAUAUUUGCAUCAGCAGAAGUUCUUGGCUGGUGGAGCACCAGGCUGUGCAGCUCCCAGCACCGGCCGGGCAGAGCUGUGCUGUGGGAGCUCCACCUCACCGGGGAGCAGCUGGCCCGCUCUCCGCACCAGCGCCUGAAAGCACUUCGCAUUCGCUCACGUUCCAGGUAACUGUGGGCCUGGAUUUCCCGUGAAAAACAGGGACAUAUCACAAUAAAGCUGUUCAGAAAGUGG